GACAGACGGAGGCUUCGUCACGAUCCGUUGGGUUGGGAAUGGAAAACAGAAGCAAGUCAGAAGAACUGGGAAGUUCCCAACGGGAAGCAGAUGAUGUGAUCCUCUAGAUCAGCAUCUUGCUGUAAGCAGAAAACAUGUCGCCAUUUUUCACUAAUCCCUCUUGAUUUUAGUCUCGAAUUUAAACUCGACUUCCUGGAUUAGAGGCAAAGGGCUGCAGAGAAGAACUGGACCGGAUCACAGGAGGCUCUGGAGAGUUGUGAUGGACCUGAAUAACCCAGACUGACUGGAUAUCUGACUGGCUGACUCUUCCUCUGUUUCUCAGCCUGGAAGUCUCUGUUGCCUAGCAACCGCUCCAGACGGAUGGAGGCAGCUACGGUUUCCAGCAGUGACGAACACCGAGCAGCUCUGAACUGGGUCUCGGGUCUCGUUCUCCCGUCUGCUGCGAACGGAAGGCUCUCCUGCACAGAUUCAUCAGACCUCAGCUGAUCGGGAAGCUUGGAGGAAGAGGAGGGACAAGAGGAAGAGGAGUUCCUGGCAGGAAACAGUUAAACGUUGCGACUUGCGGCUCCGCUCUGUAUUCCCGUCAUGAGCGGCGAGGGUUGGAAGCAUAGAGUGACGUCAGUCGGCAUUGCAGGCGGAGCGGACACUGAGGGGGAAAUAUAGGACACCGAGGAAGAGGAGGAAGAGGACUGCAGUAAUCCAGAGAGAAGCAGAAAGCAGCAGCUCUUCAUCAGUUUUCUCAAGGCCCCUGCAGGAUGAAGAAGGUACUGCGUCUCUCUCAGUCGUGACCUGACCCCUGACCCCCCCACCGACACUCUGCGCCGUCAGAAGCAGCUCCUCCUGCAUCGGUCGCAUCAUGGACGGCUUCCGGCUGCCGCCCGUCAUCGAGGAGGUGCUGGACCCCUCUGAUGAGCUGUGUGAGCUGAAGGAGGACAAACCCGGCAUGCUGGCCGAUACCCUGACGGCCAAGGAGAGGGAGUCCAUGGAGGAGAAGGAGGAGCCUGAGGGAGACGGAGAGAAGGGUCAGCAGGAGGAAGAGAUGGAAGUGAAGGAGAGGGAGUCUGAAGAAGAUGAUCAGGGAGAGGAGGAGGAUUUGGAGGAGCUUAGAGCUCAGGUGCUGCAACUUCUCCUGGAGCUGGAUGAGACUCGAGAGGUUUCUCAGCGACACGAGGAGAGCUUCAUGGAGCUGCAAGGUCUGCUAGAUGAGGAGCGGCUGGCGAGCGCCCAUCAGGCGGAAAGCUUCACCCGGCAGAUCCAGAGGCUGCAAGCUCAGCUUCGGUCGGCACAGGAGGAGAUGAGCAGCCUGGAGGAGGAGAAGGAGAGCGAGCUGGUGGAGGUCCAGCAGGAGCUGCGCUCGGCUCAGGAGGAGGUUCUGGUGCUGCAGCAGGCGGCCGAGGAGGCGGCGGCAGAGAGGGAGAACGACAUCGCCUCCCUGCAGGAGGAGCUGUGCCGCCUGCGGGUGGAGCUGCAGCGCCUGCACGCCACGGCGGCCGAGUACGAGCUGGAGGUCACCUCGCUGAGAGCCGAGCUGAGCAUGAAGAGCCGCCGCACGGCCCAGUCAGGUGAUGUGACUCAGCUGCAGGAAGAGGUCAUUUCUCUGACCAAUGAGCGUCAGACUCUGAGCAGCAACAACAGGGAGUUGAGCAACAAGUUGGAACAACUGCUGCAGCAACGAGACAUAUGUGGUGACUCGUACCUGGAAGUCAGAGCUGAGGGCCAAACUGAGGAGGAGGUUCAUCUAAAGGCGGAUUCCUACAUCACUCUGUCCCAGUCCAAACCCGGACUGCAGAAUCUGGACUCGUCAGCGGUCCAGGAUGAAAUCAGGACCCUGAAGGUCCAGCUGAGAAUGGCAGAAGAGUUGGCUCUCAAGGUCCAGCUGGAGUGUGAAGGUCUGAAGAAGGAGCUGGAGGAGCUGCAGCAGCUGCACGAAGGCAGCCAGCGGGAGCGAGCAGCUCUCCAGCUGCAGCUGCAGAGCUGCAAGGCGGAGCUGCGGGAGCUGCUGGGACGAAAGUUGCAGAAAAGCGACUCUGAAGGCUGGAACAUGGCGGUGGCGGCGGUCGCGGUGGCGGCCAUUUUGGUUCUGGUUGUCCCCAGAUUUACCAGGGCCUGAGGACUAACAGGAAGUGACCUCACGGCAUGCUGUGGGAACCUGUUGGCUUGCUUUCAUCCAUCCAUGAUGUCUCCAUGAUGCAACUCUGCACAGACGUCAGAGUGGAGGAAAGACUGGUUGUUGUUCCUGGAGGUCAGCGGGUCAUUCAGCUCUGGGCUUUGCAGAUCCACCUCUAUGAUCCAUUUUUAUUCCACAGCUAGCAUUAGAGCAACGUGUUGGAUGUGUGAACUGAUAGAACUCCUACAGAAAAAUAUCAUGAUGUUAAAACGGUGGGACGCCUUUGAAAAUGUAAUUAAUUAGAGGCUUUUUAAAUUAAUCACAAUUUGAUCAAAAACUAAAUCUGACACAAGAAGCAAAGUUUCAAAGUUCAUCAGUUAACAUGAGGCUUGUCUGAUGACCGACUCAAACCAUCGAUAUGAGCAACUUUCACCUUGACUGAGUGCAAACUGGAAUGUUGAGGUAAAUAUCAGUCAAUGAGCGGAGAACGUUCCCGUUCUCAAACACACAACAGAACUUCACCCAAACUGGUCCUUCUUUCCAGACUGGGGAAUCUGGAUCAUAAAUCUGGAUUUUUAGGUUUGCAUCUAAUUUUAAACAAUCAUUUAAUAAUAAUAACUUGAACUAUAAUGACAUGCAGAUUUUUCACAGAAAACCUGCUAAAGUUGGUUGUUUAAAUGUCAAGUUUCAGGUCAACGUUUUUGGACUUUUCCUCUUUCUGCAGAUUGAAUUCCACCAGAAAGCAUCAAACCCAGAUGUUGUAAAAUGUUCUCCUCUCCCUCCAGUUAGUUCAUCCCAUAGAAGAGCAACCUGGUUCACACGUUGGCAACUUUCUGGAAACUCUCAUGUUUCAGUCUUCUGCAAAUUGCACAUCAAGCCAACAAUUCUCUCUAGUAUCCGCCAGGGGGCGGUGCAGCUUCCUCUGCAGCCCUGAUUGCUGGAGAGAAGAAUCUUCUGUUUGGUUCCGUUUGGUUCUGAAGGGAAGUGUUUAGGUGCUGAUUCUGUCGGUGAUGUGAGGGAAGGUCUUUCCACUGUCCAGCUGAUAAAUGAAUGGUUUAUUGCUGACAUUUCAGACACGUUAUGUGUAUUUAGCUCUUUAUUAUCUCUUCCUGAACUAAAGUAACACUUUGCACAUACUGAGUAGCUCUGACUACUAGAAACUGUAGCAAGGAGAACUUUAACGUUUUCUUCAUCCAUUGACUCUGCUUCAGUCUGCUUGAUGCUUCUUGUGUUUUUAUCUAAUGACUGAGCUUUCUUUUCUCUAAUAAUUCCUUUAUAAAGUGACAAAACUUCCAUUUCUGUGUUUGUCGUUGUGCAGCAGCCAAUGUAGCAGUGAAACAUGGAGCUUAUUUAACUGAUUACACUGUGGUGAUACCAAAGUUGCUUUAAAAGUUCAAAUAUUUUAGCACAGAUUUGUUCAUGGGAUUCAGUUCAAUAAAGCUUUGUUUAUUUUGAUGAGGGAGAGGGAGGGUCUAAUGGGGGAAAAACUGACUGGAAAAGUAGCUCUGAUUUAAUUCAGCUCCAAAAUAUUCCUUUAAUCCCAAAGAGAAAUGAAAUGCACACUACAGAGGUCCAACAGAACCAGAACAGAACCAGGGUUCUUAAUCAGGUUGUCGAGCCUCUUCUGGUUCUGGUUCUGGUCCUCCUAUAGACCCUUCUCUGUCUCCAGUCCAGUCUGUCCAGAUGAACACUGGGGGUUCUAUAAUCCUCUGCUGUGAUGGAAACAGGGUUUGACCUUUGACCUUUCUCUUGACCACUUGUUGGCAGUAAGGAUGAUUGUCCACCAGCUUUGAUCCUCUGACAGCUGCAGAGUAAUCUGAGUAUUUCUGAAGAUGACAGGAAUCGGACUGCUGGACCUUCAUGAUGUGGGUCGUCAUAGCAACAGGUCUACAAUCGUUGAGCGCAGAAUAAAGCGGGAUGUCUUCCACAACGCUGGAACAAUCCAUCCAUCUGAUCCUCCUUUUGCCCGCAGCCUGAGAUCUUCCUCCUUCCUGAUUCUCUGAUUUGGUUUCUCUGCAGUUUGUCCUCCAGGUUCUUCCUGUUCUUCUGUCUCUGAUCUGGACUGGAGCUGCUUCCGUUCCCCGUCUCCUUCCUUAAAGGCUCUUUGGUUUCUUCAGGUCCCUGCUGAUCCAGGGUUUGUUAUUGUCUCUGUUCUGGUGGCGACGCUGCCGUCCACACAGAGGUUCAGAUCAGUCAUGGCUCUGAUGUCAUCUCCAUGAGGCUGGCAGAGAGCGAUCCAAUCAGUAGCCUCAAAACAAGCCAGCAUGGUUUCUUCAGCUUCCUGUGAUUGUCUUCUCGCAGUAUUCUUCUUUAGAGAUUGCCUCUGAAUAACGGCUUUAUACUCCUGGCAGAGAAAAAUAACAUUGUGAUCUGAUUUUCUAAGGGGAGGUCUUGCAGUGAUGUAUGCAAACCUGACAUUCACAACAAAUCUAGAAUUUGUUGCUGAGGAAACAUUUAGUUUUGUCUGGCAGAAGAGCUGAUUGAGUGUUAAAAUGUUGGAAGUGCGGCAGAGAGUGAGACAUAAUUUAGAUCACCAGAUAUUGUCACAAACACGUUGGGUGUUGUGGUUGUAGCUUAGCAACAACUGAACUGAUGACUUCAUGUGCAGCUGAUGGUGGGAUGGAAACAGCUGCCAAAAUAACAGUGGUGAACUCUCCUGGUAAAUAAUAUGGAUAAAAACUCAGUAUAUGAUGAGAGAAUAUGUUCCAUGUCCUGUACCUUUUGUGAAACGAAACUAGUCCAACUCUUAACUUCCCAGUUCAGACAGGAUGAAUAAAGAAAACUUUGCCUGUUGCAUAAAUGUCUCCUCAAUGUAAAAAUGUGCUAGUGAGGAUGUUGAUUCUCUCCAAUAUGAUUUAAUGUAGUGCAUAAAAAACAUUGUAGGAUUCUUUAGCUAUGAGAAUAAUCCACAUUUACUGAAUGAUGACCGGAGGGUUAGACUUACCAGAUUUGAUUUUCUCUCUAGGUUUAAACAUUUUGUCAGGUAACAAUCUCUUCUGUUUUUCCGUAUUUAGGUAAGUUUAUGCUUAUAUUUGACUGGAGACCAAAAUAUAUAGAGAGUAAAACGAAACUGAUCCUGAUCAGCGGAGACGCAGUGCCUUGGAGCAAGAAAUUCCUGCACACAGUCUGAAGUCGAUGUGUCCGGUUAUUGGACCUGCCAGGACGAGCAUGAGAACCAAACCUUUCAUGAACCAGCUGUAAAAAUGUCUGCAACAAUCUAGAAAACUGAACGUCUGAAAAGCUGCAGGAAAAGGGAGAAUCUGCUGGAUGAGAACCGGGUCACAGCAGCUUCCUGCAGCUUUUCUAGACUUUCUGUAAAUUCCUGGCAUGUCAGCCAAGCAGAGAUCAACAUGAACAUUUUAGUCUUCAGUUUUUGAUAGAAGAGUCCGGCGGUGACCUCCUGGCUCUUUGCUGUCUGUAGUUUGAAUCAAACUGGGCUCUACAUAAACUCCGUACUCAGACCUGAACACCAACAUCACAACAACUUAGUUUGAGUUUUUUCAGCUUUCCAAUUUGUUGGGAUUAUCUUGAGUUGUCUCUGGAGGUCAAAGGUCAAUAAUCUAGCUGUAGUUGUUUAUCAGAAAACGAUGUUGAACUGUCAUUCUGCAUGCGACGCUACCAACAUUAAUAACCUGCAUGGUUCUGAUCCAGAAGUUCAGCUCAGAUGUUUGUUCUGUAAUUUUCUGCACUAAUAAAAAUGUUUUAUGUCUCACAGCAGAACUUUUCCAAGGCUGAAAGUUUUCAUCAUUUUAACGGACAGAUUGUACAACACUAAAGAGUAUUUCUAUUGUAUUUGAUUCUAAAUAUACUAAUAGCAAAGUUA